AUGUUCAAGAGCCCAAAAAGCUUACGAUCACCGCUCACACAUCUCAUCCACAACGUCAGAAUGGUACACAACAGAGUAACUAUCAUUGGGUCCGGCCCAGCGGCUCACACCGCAGCCAUUUACUUGGCCAGAGCAGAGAUCAAACCUACUCUAUAUGAAGGUAUGUUUGCCAACGGUAUCGCCGCAGGUGGACAGCUAACCACAACCACGGAGAUCGAAAACUUCCCAGGGUUCCCCGAGGGCCUGACGGGCUCGGAACUCAUGGAAAAAAUGAAGCAGCAGUCGGAGAGAUUCGGCACGGAGGUGAUCACGGAAACCGUGGCCAAGGUGGAUCUUUCGUCGAGGCCCUUCAAGUUCUGGACCGAGUUCAACGAGGACGCGGAGCCCAACACCACGGACGCUUUGAUUUUGGCCACCGGUGCGUCGGCCAAGAGAAUGAACUUGUCUGGCGAAGACACCUACUGGCAGCAAGGGAUCUCGGCGUGCGCCGUUUGCGACGGUGCCGUGCCCAUCUUCAGAAACAAGCCUUUGGCCGUGAUCGGCGGGGGAGACUCUGCGUGUGAAGAAGCGUGCUUUUUGACCAAGUACGGCUCCAAGGUCUACAUGCUGGUGAGAAAGGACCACCUGCGUGCCUCCACGAUCAUGCAGAGACGUGCCGAGAAGAACGACAAGAUCGAAAUCCUCUACAACACCGAGGCUACCGAGGCCAAGGGUGACGGCAAGUUUUUGAGCUCUCUAGCGCUAUACAACAACAAGACCAAGCAGAAAUCCGAACUUCCCGUCAACGGGUUGUUCUACGCCAUUGGCCACACCCCUGCCACCGGCAUCUUGAGCGGCCAAGUCGACCUAUACGACACCGGCUACGUCAAGACCGUUCCAGGUAGUGCCAUGACCUCCGUGCCAGGUGUCUUCGCCGCCGGUGACGUUCAGGACUCCAGAUACAGACAAGCCAUCACUUCUGCCGGCUCGGGCUGCAUGGCUGCUCUGGACGCUGAGAAGUUCUUGGCCGAGCAAGAAUAG